UAAAGGUCGAAAAGGUCUUUUUCCAUUCCAUUCACCCUCUUGGAUUUGGAAUUUUCUCAUCGAUUUUCUCCCGAGGAAAUUUCAAUCUGUCUCCUCCUCUUUGUUCUCCGUGAUCCCUAUCGCGUGAUUCUCUUAUUUUUACGAGUAAAGUUGAAAAUUUUGAAAGAGAAGCCAUCCGUCGUUCAUGGCCGAUAUGAGCGAGAAGGAAGCUAUGGUGGAUCCUUUUUUGGUCGAGGCUCUUCAGAACCCUCGUCAUCGUCUCGCAAUUUUGCGUAUGGAGCUGGACAUACAGAAGUUCUAUCAAAGUCCAGAGCAGCAACAGUUUGAGUUCCGGCCACUUCCAACAUCUUAUCUCCGUCUUGCUGCACACCGUGUUGCUCAGCAUUACGGGCUGUUUACCACAGCUUUAGACAGUGGUGCCUUAGAUGGCUCAGGGAACAGAAUCUUGGUGACAAAAACGGCGGAAAGUAGAUAUCCAUAUGUCUGUUUGUCUGAGAUUCCUGUAAAGCAACCUGAGAUUAAUGAUAGGCCUGUGGGUUUCAAAAUCGCCAUCAAGCCUAGACCCAACAGAGGAUCUGGUGGGAUAGGUAGUGGAUCAGCAGUAGAAAAGAAUCUCUUGAGAAGCGUUGAGGAGAGGAAACAGGAGUAUGAUAAAGCCAGGGCUCGUAUCUUCAACAGCCCUAGCAGCUCAGACUCUGAAGAUUCUUCUACACGAGCUCCUCCUCUUGAAACGAAGAAUAACACUAGGUGCUCGACUAGAAAUGAAACCCAAAAAAAUCUAGCUGAUGUAGAGAGGAAGGGUGUUAUCAGAGAGUCAGGACGGACUUCUCGGGUUGCCAUUAUUAGAGAUAGAGAGAAGGAUCGCUAUGAUCCUGAUUAUGACCGGAACAGGUAUGUGAGGGUUACUCCACCUGAACAAAACUUUAAUCCGAUACCAAUUCAGCUUCCGUUUUAUGAUGCGGUUUUCCCAGAGAUGCCAAGAUGAUGCAGGGAGAUUGUGUUUGGUUAUUGGGAGGCUUAUUUCUCAAGACUUUUAGAGUACACGAUUCUUCUGUUAUUUGGAAACUCUAGUGACAAUUAGCGGUCGUUUUACUACCAAUGAUGUAUCAACAUUACUCUACCAAUUUUAGAUUUUAUUAUUUAAAAUUUUGCCUUA